AAUAAUAAAAAGACCCCACGAACCGAAAUUCCACAAACAUGCGUGGGGUUGCUGACACCCAUUUUGCUUGAGUUGUUUUUUUCUGUUUCAUUUUCUCUCUCUGGAUGCUUAUAAUCUAAUAACUGUUGUCUGAAACAGUUGCAACUUCUAAAAAAGUUUUGUAUUUUUUUUUCAAAGUACAGUAUAUUAAUGCUUCAAGUCUCUUUUGUUAUGAUUUCAUUGAACUGCAUUUUCUUCUUGGUCGUGAGCUAGAGCUUUAGUGUAAACAGUUGCUUCACUUCUGGUGCUUGAGGUUGAAGUUGGUUUGGUUUGGUUUUUGGUUUCUUGGAUCCGUUUCUUCUGGUGUUGCUGUGCAAAAAAUAUAGACUUUCCGCUCUCGUUUUAUCAAUAUAUCCAAAUAAUUUGGGAACAAUCAAGAGCUUGAGUAAAUGUUUUCGUUUGCUGAGUUGUUGAGAGCGUGAGGUGGGCUGCAGUAUUCAAUUAAGUUGAGUAGUUAAAUUAAUACUGAGUUGCAGCAGCAAUCCCUUUAACGUUUUUCAACAUAUAUAUUGUGAAAUCAGAAUCAGUCGGGAAGUUUAUUGUAAGGCAGUAGCUGUCUACUGUAGUAUCAAUUAUCUGAAGAUAAGGACACGGGAAUCAUCUUUGUCCACAGUUAGAGGCUUUUUUCCAAGGCAGAAGAUGGAAAAUAAAUGGGUCAAUUCCCGGAAAGAUAGCCAGGGGAAGGAAGAUUCAUUGGAUGGCUUGAGCAAGGACAUUGAAUUAAAUGGGGAAACCAGGUUGGAUUGUGCAGAAUCUAAAACAAGAAAGUUAGUGAGAAGGUUAAAUUCUCAGCAUAGUCUGAUAUUAAAUGUGAAGCAAUCGUUGACCGGUAAAAGUUUUCUAAAGAAUUCAUUCCUUCAGAGUAAUCAUGGCUUAGAUACUAAGAUUCCAAAGCAUAUGGUUACACUGGAUGAGAGAUAUCUUCGUUGGUGUCUUGAAUUGAUUCAUGCUAGCGCAUCAAAAGCAGUUCAGUGCAACAUCUCUGUGACUAUGAGCUCAGCAAAUAUGGGCAUCUUGUGGGAUGACAUGAAACUGGCUAAAAUGAGGAAUGAAAAUCUGUAUGACAUCAAUAGGUUUGUUUUUGAAUGUCCAUUGGCAACUGGGACAGGGAGUGUGGUCAUUAGUCCGGUAGGACAGUGGAUUGUGGGUUCAAUUAUGGGUAGCAAGAGUAUGAUAAAUAUAUUGGAAAGCCCUUUGUUAAGCAAAUUUGGUCCAUUAGAUGGUGAUGAUAACUUCAGAAGAAUAAGUUUGAAUGAUAUUAAAGGGCCAAUAAGUUGUGAUUUUAUGAGCUCUCCUGGUGGCUUUAGUAAUUAUUCAUCACAGAAACUAAAAAAGGAAACGCAUAUGCUGGGAAGCCACAAGAAUGAAUCUGAGACUGCGCAUAGGAGGCUUGUGUCUGUCUCAAGCACAAACUCCUCUUGUUCUGAUCAAUCUUCUUCUGCUGCUUCUACCUCAGUUUCUCUAGGAAUGCUCCAAUACAUGUGGAAGGGUGGGAAACCACAUUUUGUAUUUUCUGUAGAUAAGCGAAAGGAGGUCUAUGUUGCCAACUUGUCUAUGACUGAAUCAGUUGGUAGUAAGUCUCCAGACUGUUCGUACUUAUUCCAUUUGAGAAAAGGUGGCCAAAAGGAACAUGAGAUUCAUGAUAAUGAGUCACUCCUUGUUGGUAAGAUGAAGGUUUCAACUUCUUUCACCUUUUGCCAGAAUGGUUCUGAGAUUAUGGAAACUCAAUUCAUUUUGUUUUCUAGUACUGAAAUUUCUGUUGGAGAGAUGGAAAUGUCAGGCCAUGGCACAAGGAAGAAUAAUAGCUUAUCUAAGAAGGUGAUGGAAGUGUUCAGAAAUAGCCACUCAUCCAAGCAGAUUGCACUCUCAAAAUUUGGUGGGUCAAGUGGCAUACUGGAGAAUUCUUCUUGGGAGCCAUUGCAAAAUCUGAGCAACAAUUUGGAUGCAGUUGGUGGGACUAGUCUCAUUGGAAAUGAUCUUCCACCAAAUCUUGAAUUGGCUGCCAUUGUUGUGAGAUACUGUCUCCCUGCUGGUCAUCAGAAGGAAGGUGGAGGCUGGGGCUUGAAAUUUCUGAAGAAAGCUGUGGUCAAUGAAAGUGCUGAGACUCUGAAAACCUCUACACCUUCUGUUUCUUGUGCUCGAGAUAGUAAUGAUUGCUCAACAAGUAUGGAUAUUCUGAUUCCAGCGGGUUUUCAUGGUGGUCCAAGAACAAGAAAUGGGGGUCCUUCUGGUCUCAUUGAGAGAUGGAGAUCAGGUGGAUGCUGUGACUGUGGCGGCUGGGACCUGGGCUGCCCUCUCACUUUACUUAAUACCAGAUUAAGCAAAAAAGAGGUUUCACCCCAAGCAAAUAUGGAUGACGAGUUUAAAUCAUUUGAUUUCUUCAAACAGGGUUCAGAACAAGGUGCUCCCACCUUGAGGAUGGCGAAUAUCCGUGAUGGUUUGUAUCUUAUUCAUUUUCAAUCAAAUCUAUCAGCCUUGCAGUCUUUAUCAAUUGCAGUGGCAUCUCUUCAUUCACAGAGUCCCAGUCUCCAACCCAAAAAUGUACAGGACUGAACUAGCAGGGAUCCAGAUAGAGGUUUAUGUCGUAGUGUAACUUUUAUUGUAUUACAGCCGUGUGUAAGUCGAAAUUUAAAUUUUUAAAUACAAAUAUGUUGCGUUCCUAACUCAAAGAGAAAUAAAAUCAGAAUCAUAUUAUUA